UUGGUAAUGCCUACCGCUGACAGAAGGGUGGGUUUAUGUUGGUGGAACUCCCUCAUUGAACUGUUUAGCAGUCAUCAACAUCGAAGCUGUUUAGGUUAUUUCAUUUUGAGCAUGUGACAACAUGUUGAGUAUAUGUGAGUGAAUAAAUAAAUCCGUAGGCUGCUCGCUUUCUGUGUUCAUCACACGGACGUGCCCCAGUUUUCGUGCGAAGUGACCGUGAAGGAGAGAGCUGCCCAGGAAUGAGGCCAGAACAGGAAGUCCUGAUGUUGUUUAUCCUGAUUGUUGUUUAGAAAAUGGGCAGAGGCAUGGCCCUGCAGGCAUCUGCAUUUCCUAAUGGGUUUGUUGCAGGCAUCCAUGCUGUUGGAUGGGCACUCAUCCUACCUUGCUUCUGGUUUCUUGAUCGCCUCAUUGCUGUGUGCAAGUCCACCACCCUAGAGCGAACCCAGCGACUGGAACAGGAAUGUUACCUCCACCCCCUCAAGGUCUUCUUUGGCUCCAUCAUCUUCUUCAUUCUUUUUCUUGUGACAGCCCCCUUGGCUUUCCUGGGCUUUCUACUAUGGGCACCCCUGCAGGCCUGCCGCAGGCCAUUUUACUACCAUAGAGAGACACCAUCCACACCAGAGAAGGAGACACACAGGGGCUUUGAGCUCGGAGGAAAGGCAUCGUUUGGAUUUGCCACAGCCAACCUGUGUCUGUUGCCUGACAGCUUGGCUCGUUUCAACAACCUGGGGAAUACUCAGCAAAGAGCGGCUACCAUUGGUCAGCGCAUCGUGCAGGGCGUGUGUCGUCCCAAUAUACGCAUCUUUGUUGACUCCCCCAGCAGCUGUGGGACUCUCAGCCCCUCCAACAGCAUACUCCCCACAGCUAACUCAUCUUCAUACGGGGCUACUGAUAAACAGGCACAGCCCAUUGUUGGUAAUUAUUCAGACUCAGCUGAUGGACACGUUUCAGUCCAAAAGUCCAGUAGUGUUGUGGUUUGUGUGCCCUGUGAUGAUACAGAAGAGUCCUCAACUGAGUCACCAUCUCCCAUUUUUAACUCCAAUCACAACUCCAACCAGCGGGGUCGAGCAGGUCACCGGAGUGCUCCCCGUGCUUUGCUCUCCCAGGGUCUCCGGCAGCAGGACAAUGUGCCCUGGGAGGUAUCAUCGCUGUUUCCGGCAAAUGUGGACAUCAUUUGCCUAGAAGAGGUGUUUGAUAAGAGGGCGGCACAGAGGCUCACCCAAAUACUGAAGCCCGUGUUUGGACACAUACUGUAUGACGUUGGUGUUUAUGCCUGCCAGCCAACAUGCAGCUGUUCCUCUUUUAAGUUCUUCAACAGCGGACUGUUCGUAGCCAGCCGAUUCCCUGUGCUUGAGGCCCAGUACCACAGCUUUCCCAACAGCCGUGGGGAAGACGCGCUGGCUGCCAAGGGCCUCCUGUCUGCUAAGGUGCUAAUCGGGCAGAAUCAGAAACAGAAGAGAGUGGUCGGCUAUUUUAACUGCACACAUCUUCAUGCACCAGAGGGUGAUGGGGAAAUCCGCUGCGAGCAGUUGAACAUGGUGGCCAAGUGGAUUGGUGAUUUUCAAGCUGCCAACAGACAGCCUGAUGAGGAUGUCGUUUUUGAUGUGCUGUGUGGAGAUUUCAACUUUGACAACUGCUCACCUGAUGACACCCUGGAACAGAACCACUGUCUGUUUGAGGAAUACAGAGAUCCGUGCAGAGCUGGGCCUGGAAAAGAGAAGCCCUGGGUCAUUGGUACUUUGCUGGAGCAGCCCACGUUGUAUGAAGAUGAUAUAAUCACCCCAGAAAAUCUACAAAGAACUUUGGAGAGAGAGGAGCUGAGGAAGCAGUAUAUCUCCCCUCCUAUUCCUGCAGCGGGCUUACCUUUGGUUUACCCAGAGAGCGGUCAGCCGUGGAUUGGCCGCCGUAUCGACUACAUCCUGUACCGCGAAAACUCCAUUUCACAGCGCUGCCAAACAGAAAUUGAAGAGAUGACUUUUAUAACCCAUCUGGCUGGCCUUACUGACCACAUUCCAGUGGGCUUGAGACUGAAUGUGAUGAUGGACUCCGACCACGCUGAUUAAACAGGACUGAAGUGAGCACGGCGUCACCUUCAAACACAAGGACUAAAAUAUACACAGAUAUGUACAUUUCACUGAUCUACACAGCCAGAACAAUGUUUUGUUUACAUACUUGACUUUGUGAUUUUUAAUGAUAAUGUACUGACCAGUGAAACCUCAGGAAUUCAUGGAGUCAUUGACAUUUUAUAAUUUUAUACAAUUUUAUACAUUAAGGGAUUUUUAGGGCAGAGUUACCUAUUUUUUAAAAAGAAUAUAUUUGUAGAAUUUUU